AUUUUUCAAUUGUUAAUUCUGAAUUGGAGGAUACAAUAAACCAUUUUUUAAUGUAACCAUACAAUCAAAACAGCACAACUUUUGCAUAUGAUUAUCAGUUUGUCACCUUUUCAUAACUGCUAUGCGAUGAUAAUAUAUCAUAAUUCAUUGUUCCAAAAACUCCACAACAUAAAUUAUUUUCUUAACAAUAUAACUUGUCUCCUUUGUAAAACCAUUAACUUUGUGUCGAUAUCAACAACAAGGCCUGCAAGAGUGACAUCAAUUGUAAUAUAUUUUGACAUGUUGUGAUUUGUCAUUAUCCUAGAGCUAAAGAUGCUGCUUUCAAAUUUUAUUUUAUAAAUGAUCUCCAAAUGAAGCUCAAAAGGUUCCUUAUCCAAAUGUAGCGGCACACUUUGAGAUAUCGAUUUUUUUUUUAUCGGUACGAUUCGAACCAGAGACCUUGACGUUUACGAAUAUGGUAGCACCUGUAAUUGAUAAUGGAUUUCGUAGCAGAAAGAAAUCAUCAAGAGGACACCACAGGUUUGUAGGAGUUCGUCAAAGGCCGUCGGGAAGAUGGGUGGCAGAGAUCAAAGACUCUUUACAGAAAGUUAGGCUUUGGCUCGGAACAUUCGACACGGCUGAAGAAGCCGCUCGUGCUUAUGAUACAGCUGCUAGAGCUUUGAGAGGUGCUAAUGCUAGAACCAACUUUGAGUUGCCAGAAUCUGCAACAAAUGGAGGUGAUGCUAAGCGCGUUUCGGGUUCAGGUUCGGGUUCUAAGUUCAUGCUAGAGAAUACUGAGCCUUUUUCUUUUGAAGAUGUUAGUGAAUCAGGUUCAGGUUCUGAAGGUCUUCUUGGUGCACUCAAAGCAAAACUUUGUAAUGGAAAAGAAGGGAAAUUUUCAUUUUCAUUUCCUUCUGCUAGUAUAGUUUCGAAAUCAACACAAAACAGUUCUUGGAAGAAAGAAUCAUCAUUAUCAUCAUCAUCAGCUACUUAUUGUCUCUCUCAGAUGAAUGAAACUCAUGCUAACACUAUACCAAACUCAUUGAGUAUUUCAUCAAACACUUUUGCUAAGAGUUUGAUCAUCCCAAAUCAUGAUCAUGAAAUAUCUCAAACUCAAACACCAUCUAUGACAAACAUGUUAUGGUCCAACGAAAUCGAAAAUGAAUAUCCUUGGCCUAUUCAGAUGAAUCAUGUUCUUCAUGACAGUAGUACUACUAAUCUUCUUGCAUCUGCAAGUGCAUCAAAUUUUCCAUGGCCACUAAUAGAUUCCAACAUUGACAUGACAUGUAUAGAUCAAGGGAUAUUAAAUAGUAACAGAAAUGAUCAAAUCAAUAUGAUGAACAUGCAGUUACCUCAAGCUGGUGGAUCAAAUACUGAAGGGUUUUGGACAAUGGAUCAGCAACAACAGUUUGUGCAAUGUGAGGAGAAUAAUAGUUGGUUUGGUUCCGGUGGAUCUUGGAAUCCUUUUAUCUACGUGCCUUCUGAGCUAGCUUGAUUAGGUUAAUCAUAUAUCUAUGAAAGAAAUCUACAAAACAUUUGUUUUACCUUGAUUUUAUAGAACAGUCUCUUAGCAUGCAUAAAGAUCGACUAAGUUUGUUCUGUGAGGAAGGUAAUCUAGUAGAAUGUUGUGUGUGUUUACCUUAGAACAUGUAAUGAUGAUUUUCAGCAUUUUAAUAUGUAAAGCAAUAUUAUUUUAUUUAUCUAUAAUAAAUCACUAAUAUGGUAGAGAAUGGUACUCAUCUUUGAGUCUCCAGAUAGAGAAUUUAUAAAUUUCACAUGAGUUUAGCAGCCUCAACUACAGUCGCACGC